AAUUAAUUUCUAACAUAUUAUUAUCAACCAAAAAUAGAGAAAAUAGAUAGAGAAAAUAAUCUUGCUCUUGUUUGUAAUGGAAAGAAGAAACACACUACUACAAGCUCCAACUUAUGGUAAUCUAAUUACUGUUCUUAGUAUUGAUGGUGGUGGAAUUCGUGGUCUUAUUCCUGCUACUAUUCUUUCUUUCUUGGAAGCUCAACUUCAGAAAUUGGACGGUGAGGAUGCUCGGAUAGCAGAUUAUUUUGACGUGAUAGCAGGAACAAGUACCGGAGGUUUGAUUACUGCCAUGCUGGCAGCACCCGAUAUUUCUACUAAUCGCCCUCUUUAUGCUGCUAAAGAAAUAAAGCAAUUCUACCUUGAUCAUUGUCCCUAUAUAUUUCCUCAAGGCCACAAGUCUUUUUUAAAUCACGCAAGAAACAUGAUGAAGUUAAUUGAAGGACCUAAACAUGAUGGCAAGUAUCUUCAUGAACUUAUUAAAGACAAGUUAGGAAACACAAAAUUGCAUCAAACAUUGACUAACAUUGUGGUGCCAACAUUUGACAUAAAAAAUAUGCAACCAACCAUUUUCUCUAGCUAUGAGGUAAAAAGGACUCCAAGCAUGGAUGCAUUACUCUCGGAUAUAUGCAUUGGAACUUCUGCUGCACCAACUUUUCUACCGGCCCAUUUUUUCACGACUGAAGACGCAAACGGAGAAGUGCGAGAAUUCAAUCUAAUCGAUGGUGGUGUAGCUGCUAACAAUCCGGCAUUGACAGCAAUAAAUGAAGUAUCAAAUGAAAUAUAUAGUGGAAACCCUGAUUUCUACCCAAUAAAACCAUCAGAUUAUCAUAAAUAUGUAGUGUUAUCUUUAGGAACUGGUGCAUCCAAAUGUGGAGAUAAGUAUUGUGCAGAAAAUGCAGCAAAGUGGGGAAUGUUAGGUUGGGUUUCAAAUGCUGGUUCUUGCCCUUUGAUGGAGGUGUUCAUGCAAGCUAGUGGUGAUAUGGUUGAUUUUCAUCUUCAUACUGUCUUCAAGGCACUUCAUUGUGAAAAUAAUUACAUUAGGAUCCAGGCUGAUGAACUAACAGGAGAUGCUUCAUCUAUUGACAUUGCAACAGUGAAAAACUUAGAAAAUCUUGUUAAAAUUGGAGAAAACUUGCUCAAACAACGUGUUGCAAAUGUUAAUUUGGCGACUGGUUUGAGUGAGCCUGUUAGUCAACGCACUAAUGAACAAAUACUCACAAGGUUGGCUGAAAUAUUAUCAAAAGAGAGGCAACUACGUUACUUCAGAUCGCCAAAAGGGCAAGGACGUGCUCAUUAUGGGCCAGCUCGUCAUUCUCAACAUCCUCAAACUUCUAAUUGUGAUAAUAAUUAAAAAAAAAUUUGCAUUUAUUUGUUAGUAAUUAAGUUGUUGUUUAACUUCUUGUGUAUAGAGAUAAUUUUAUAUAUAUUUUUCUUUAACCUUAAUUUUCUGAAUAAAAGAGAGAAUGAGAAAUGUGGGAUGAAGCAAGGAAUGCAGGGGAGUCGAAAUUGUGUUGAGAAUGAGAAAAGUGGGAUAAAGCAAGGAAAGUAGGGGAGGAAAUUAGGUUUAAUAGGAUAUGGGAGCUACUGUUUUAAUAUGAGACUAUUUUUUUUUUUAUUUCAUCAACAUAUUUCAACUC